AUGCGCUCGCACUUAAGCCCCUACUCUGCACGUUCAUAUUCAGGCUCAGCACCUGCACCAUCUGCUCGCGUUUUCAAUCUCUCAAGGUCCAAUUCCUCUCGUCCUUCUGCAAAUUCUGCUCACUCAUGCGUAGUGACCACGUCAUCUGCAUCCCUGAACUCUGGUCGACCGCUGGGUACUGACCCGCUUACGCGAACACUUUCAACAAUGUAUCCCACUGCCAAUGCACAGGGUGCUAUCGUUGCUUCUAUGCCCGCUGGGUCCCUCGUCGGAGCCCUUUCUGUCACCUACCUUGGUGACAAGCUUGGGCGUAAAAAGACGAUCAUCCUUGGUGGUCUUUUCUGGGCCAUUGGCUCUAUUCUCCAGUGAGCGUCGGUCGUGAGUGUAUCAUCCUAUCAUAACAUCGUUUCGCUGUUAAGAUGCCGCUUUAGAACCGUGGCAUGCUCGUGGUUGGCCGUGUCAUAUCUGGUUACUCCGUCGGCAUAUCUUCUACCGUUGUCCCUGUCUAUCAAUCCGAGAUUGCUGCACCUGCUAUCCGUGGUCGCCUGAUUUCCUUCCAACAAUGGUCUAUCACUUGGGGUAUCUUGCUUCAGUAAUUUGUUCAGUUCGGUUGUUCGUACAUGAACGGCGCUGCUUCAUUCCGUAUCCCAUGGGGUCUCCAGAUGAUCCCCGCUAUUGUUCUUUCUCUCGGUAUGCUCGUUUUCCCCGAAUCUCCCCGUUGGCUAGGUCAAACCCGCCAAGGCGCUCGUCAAUUCUUCUGAGAUAUUCCAUCCGACCGACUCUUACCACAAUGUACAUUC